CUGUUUUCCAGUGGUGGAGAAAAUGAUGAUGAUUCUGACCAGAACUGGAAACCUCCAGAAAAUGAUCUGAUCCAGAAGUUAAUAGCACAGAUUGAAUAUUACUUCUCAGAUGAGAACCUUGAGAAAGAUGCCUUCCUCCUAAAGCAUGUGAGGAGAAAUAAGAUGGGCUACGUCAGUGUUAAGCUCCUCACUUCUUUUAAGAAUGUGAAACAACUUACCCGUGACUGGAGAACCACAGCAUAUGCACUCAAGUACUCAGGCACUCUUGAGCUCAGUGAGGAUAACAGAAAGGUUAGAAGAAAUACUCCAGUUCCAGUGUUUCCAAGUGAAAGCCACCCUACCAAGAUGUUACUGGUGUAUGAUAUCCACUUGAUGUCGGAGCUGCAGGCUCUCAGCAAGGAGCAAGAAAAUGGAUGUAUGCAAGAAAAGAUAAUGGAGCAUCUCCUGAAAGCCUUUGUAACUUUUGGUGUAAUUUCAUCUGUUCGUGUUCUCAAACCCGGUAGAGAUCUACCGGCUGAUGUCAAGAGGUUCAGCAGUCAGUACAACCAAAUAGGAACACAGGAAUGUGCAAUUAUAGAAUUUGAAGAAAUAGAUGCUGCCAUACAUGCUCAUGACUUCAUGUGUGCUGAAAAGAAAGAAACUGGCAUGAAAGUUGCGUUAAUAGGCAUGAAACCUCCAAAGAAAAAAGUUCCCAAAGAUAAGAACCGAUAUGAAGGCUCCACCAAGAGUCUCAACAAGGCUAAAUCCCUUAACAAGAGAGUUGAGGAGCUUCAGUUUGUUGGUGAUGAAUCUUCAGCAAAUAGCUCUUCUGACCCAGAGAGUAAUCCUACAUCACCACUGUCAGGACGUAAAAGUAUGGCAACAAGUACUACAAAUAAAUUAAGUCCUAUCAUUCAUUCAAACAACCAUCUGAGUCCUAAUGUGUCACCCAGAUCAAGUCCUUGGAAUAGUCCGUCUUCACUAAGAAAAGUGACCAGAAAGUCUCCGCUAGCUGAAGACAGCAAGCUUAACCCAAACGCUAGCCCUGAAAUUCCAAGGAAAGGCAUGGAUUAUUCUUCAGAUAGCAGCAUCACUCCUUCUAGUAGCCCAUGGGUACAGAGAAGGAGGCAAGGCCAAACUAUAACACAAGAGAAGAGCCCAGUCAGCAGCCCCAUGCUAGCUCGCAAAAUACAAAAUGCAGAUGGUCUUCCUGUAGGGGUGCUGCGGCUACCCAAAGGGCCUGAUGGCACUAAGGGAUUCCAUUGUGCGUGUGAAAGAAGGAAAGCUGUCAAGAAUGAACAAAUUAUUCUUUAAAAAC